GUAUUGUUGUCACGAUUUAGUUAGUCCGCGUCCGCGUAUUCAAGAAGAGAGCACGUGUUUUUAAAAGGGCUCGAAUAAACGUGAAAUAAAAUUGAGGAACUGUGAAUAACGGGCGUGCUUGUACACAUUUUUCAUAGCACGGAUCGUCCGUAAAAUAUGAAAUACAUUUUAGUAACAGGGGGUGUGAUUAGUGGAGUCGGCAAGGGUGUCAUAGCAAGUUCUUUCGGAACUAUACUUAAACAUUGCGGUAUUCAUGUGACGUCUAUUAAGAUAGAUCCUUACAUAAAUAUCGACGCUGGCACCUUUUCGCCUUACGAACACGGAGAAGUAUACGUUUUGGACGAUGGUGGAGAAGUCGAUCUCGAUUUAGGAAAUUACGAACGUUUCUUAGAUAUUACAUUGCACAGAGAUAAUAAUAUCACGACAGGAAAGAUUUAUCAGCAUGUGAUCUCGAAGGAGAGACGUGGCGAUUACUUGGGGAAAACUGUUCAAGGUAAAUGGUCUGGUCUAAAAUACGAUAUAAGUGUGGCUGAUCGUUGUUUAUUCACAGUGGUACCACAUGUAACCGAUGCGGUUCAAGAAUGGGUCGAAAGAGUUGCGAACCAGUCAGUGACAGAGGAUGGUGAUAAACCAGACGUUUGCAUAGUCGAAUUGGGUGGAACUAUAGGGGAUAUAGAGGGAAUGCCUUUCGUAGAAGCAUUUAGACAGUUUCAGUUCAGAGUGAAAAAAGAAAACUUCUGUUGUGCACACGUGUCAUUAGUGCCGCAACCGAGGUCCACGGGGGAACCGAAAACGAAACCGACUCAAGCCAGCGUGAGGGAAUUGCGCGGACUAGGUUUAUCUCCUGAUCUCAUAGUCUGUAGAUCCGAGAACCCGAUAGGCGAUUCAGUAAAAGAGAAAAUUUCCAACUUCUGUCACGUAGCGCCUGAACAAGUGAUAACCAUACACGAUCUGUCGUCCAUAUAUCGCGUCCCUCUGUUACUGGAGUCUCAGGGUGUGAUCGAGUUUCUAAACGAUAGGUUGCAAUUAAACAUUGGGAUGCCACGUCCCAGAUAUUUUAUGCGAAAGUGGAGGGACUUGGCGGAUCGUAUCGAUCAUCUUCGUAAAGACGUGAACAUCGCGCUCGUUGGAAAAUACACCAAGUUAGAGGAUUCUUACGCGUCGGUUAAGAAAGCGCUGCAACACGCUUCCAUUCAAGUUGGAUACAAACUUAAUUUAACAUAUAUAGAAGCAAACAAUUUAGAACCAAAUACGAAAAUAACAGAUCCUGUACAGUAUUACGAAGCUUGGCAGCAGCUUUGUAAGAGCCACGGUGUCAUAGUACCGGGUGGAUUCGGUAAAAGAGGGACUCUGGGAAAAAUGGAAGCAUGCAAAUGGUGUAGAAUGAACGACAAGCCGUAUCUCGGGAUCUGCUUGGGACUGCAAGUAGCGGUGAUCGAGUUCGCGAGGAACGUCUUAGGUAUGGAGACUGCGAACAGCACGGAAAUCGAGCCCGAGACCGACCAUCCUAUCGUUAUCGAUAUGCCCGAGUACAAUCCGGGGCAAAUGGGUGGAACGAUGAGGCUUGGAAAAAGGCACACGUGGUUUGCAGAAAAGAAUUCUAUCAUAAAACAAUUGUACGGUAAUAAGGAAUCCAUAGAGGAGAGGCAUAGACAUCGCUACGAAAUCAAUCCGAAGUACAUCAAAGUGUUAGAAGAGGCAGGAAUGAAAUUCGUUGGUCACGACGAAGAAAACAUACGUAUGGAGAUCGCGGAACUGGAAGGGCAUUGCUACUAUGUCGCCACGCAAUUCCACCCGGAAUAUUUGUCUAGGCCCUUGAAACCUUCGCCUCCGUUCUUAGGACUAAUUUUAGCCAGCGUUGGAAAAUUAAAGCACUAUUUAGCUAAAGGCUGCAGGCUCUCACCUCCGGUGAUCAGUGAUGACGAUUCAGAUAACGAAUAUCCUACUGAUUCUGUAAAAAAGCAAAUGGGCCAGACUAGUAUGAGUGGUAGUACCACGUCUGGCACCGAGUAAAUAUUUUACUAAAUCGCAUUAGACAUGAAAAAUAUUUUUAAUGAUAAAAUAUCAUAUUCGUGUAAUGUACAUAUAUGUGAUAGGAUGGCGAGAGGUUUUUUAUUUUAGAAAAAGUUUCGACAUACACGCCCAAAUGUACGUGUUGUACGUCAUGUCCCGUACCACUUGUCAGACAAUUUGUUUGACACGCGCGUCGUAGAAAAAGAGAUGGUACGUUUCGUACCGAGAAAACGUACUUAAAAACCAUCAGUGCAACUUCGACCUUUACUCAUUACAGACUUAAUUGUUUGUUCGCGUAUAAAAUUCGUUCGUUGAGACGGUAACUCUAUUAUUCCCUACUUUCUUCUCUUAUGUUUCUCUCAGACUUUUACAUUUUUACAAUACGAAUUAUAAACUGUUUUUAUCGUUGCGUACAAUCGAUGUUCCUCAUUCGAACGAAGUUGGAAUACCUCACAUAUAUUAUGCGAAAAUAAAAUUGAAAUUUUCUACGAA